CAACCGGUGUUAAUGUAAAUAAAAGCAUCUACCCACUGGAGCAUUUUUUAAUGAAAAAUAUGAAUUAUGACAUAAAACGAGCAUGACCAUGUUAAUUUAUUUCAGUCUCGUUGUUAUUGCGACAUGUGUACGCGGUAGAAAUGUGUUGGUGUUGAUAGCUGACGAUGCAGGAUUUGAGACCAAGGUUUACAAUAACAGUGUAUGUAAAACACCAAACCUUGACAGACUGGGAGAGAAGAGCGUAAUCUUCAAAAAUGCCUUCACAUCAGUUAGCAGCUGUUCACCAAGCAGGUCUGUGAUUAUGUCCGGGCUUCCCCAGCACCAGAAUGGCAUGUAUGGGUUACAUCAGGGAUACCACCACUUUAUGAGUUUUGAUGAAGUUCAGAGUCUUCCCCUCAUCUUGAAGAGGAAUAACAUUCAUACAGGCAUAGUUGGAAAGAAACAUGUGGGGCCAAGCUACGUAUAUCCAUUUGACUUUGCUGAGACAGAAGAAAACCAUUCCAUUCUACAAGUGGGAAGAAACAUCACUUAUAUGAAACACAUGGUCAGAAAAUUCUUUCAACAAAAUGAUUCCAGACCAUUUUUCCUGUACAUUGGAUUCCACGACCCUCAUCGUUGUGGCCACACCCAUCCACAACUAGGUGCUUUCUGUGAGAAGUUUGGUAAUGGGGAACCAGAUAUGGGAACCAUCCCUGACUGGAAACCAGUGAAAUAUGACCCUGAUGAGGUGGAGGUGCCAUACUUUGUACAAAAUACACCAGCUGCGAGACAGGAUCUGGCUAAACAAUACACCACUAUAAGCAGACUUGAUCAAGGUAUAGGUCUGAUACUUGAAGAAUUAAAGAAUGCUGGUCAUGACAAGGACACUUUGAUCUUGUACUCCUCGGAUAAUGGUAUACCAUUCAUCAAUGGACGCACUAAUCUGUACGACUCAGGAAUGGCCGAACCGUUCCUCGUGUCCUCACCGUAUCAGACCAAGAGAAAUGGACAGGUGAGUGAUGUACUGGUCAGCCAUGUUGACAUUGUUCCUACCAUUCUAGACUGGUUUAAUAUACCAUACCCAAGUUAUAAACUGAAUCAUAAACCAGUCAAACCUACUGGAAAAUCUCUACUACCAGUCUUGGAUUCUGAGCCUCAUUCUGGAUUUGAGACUGUGUUUGCAAGUCAUAACCUCCAUGAGGUCACAAUGUAUUAUCCAAUGAGAGUUGUCAGGAAUAAACAGUACAAACUGAUUCAAAAUGUUAACUACAAAAUGCCAUUUGGCAUAGAUCAAGACUUUUUCAUUUCAGACUCUUUUCAAGAUCUGUUGAAUAGAACUAGAUCUGGAGUUCCAACUCAUUGGUUUAAAACCUUGAAGGAGUAUUACUAUAGGCAAUACUGGGAGUUAUAUGACAUAAAAAAUGACCCCAAGGAGACCAAAAACUUGAUUCAUCAUUCCAGUUCUGACUAUAGAAGUGUAUUUCAAAGCUUAAAACAAGAACUACAGCAAUGGCAGAAUGUGACCUUUGACCCCUGGAUUUGCGCUCCAUGGGGAGUACUUGAGGAUGCAGGGAGUUAUAAGGAAAAUCCUCAGUGUAUGAAUGCAAAUAACUAUUUGAAUCUCCAUGAUGAAUUGUGAAUCUCUGAUUAAGAUCUUAUUCAUUCAGCUGAUAAUGAUAAAAGAAGCUAGUUAGGACUUACCUUUUAUACAAUUUUUUUAACAUCCCAGGCAUUUUCAAAUUUUUCUAGUAUUUAUUCCUGUAGAAUGUACAUAUUAUAUAUAUCAGCCUCUUCAGCCUGAAGAGUGUUAUUAAGAAGCUGGCCCAUUUAAUAGAGUAUAGAAAAAUAGAAGGGAAGUCUUGAUAGCGGCCAUGAAGUUACAUUUUCAGCACUAGAUAUUCACUUGACCACAACAUUCAUUCCCUUUGCGUUUCUUAAUGCAGAAGGUCCCACUUCAUAGCUUCUAUCUUAUACAUAGUAAAACUUGAACCAUAAUUUACAAUGAACAUAAAAGGACCUUUUUUUUUGGUUCAGAGACACUGUGAUAUUCUGGUUACAUCAGGUGUCUCCAGAUUAACUUGCAGAGUAAGUAAGACCCCAGACUUACUUAGCACAUUCAGCCUUAUGCAAGUCAGCAUGAAUGAUGGCUUCCUUUUGUGUAGAAUUUCAGUCUCACCAAGGCCCAUACCAACAAAGUUAAAGGGCCAGUGAUUUUUCACCAGCAUUGCAAUUAUGCAAAAAAUGCAUUCAACAUUUUGUAUUCUCAAAUGUUAAUAAUGAUCUUUUUAUUUCAAAGUUAUGUAUUUUAUCUGUUUUGUUAUUUCCAUGCAUUAAUGAUCCAGGGUUGCCACUUAGUUGAGAAAAUGAAAUUCCCUAACUUUUCCCUGACUAAACCAUACUUUUUACUGACCAAUACCAUCAUAUUUUUUCGGCCUUCUCCUCCCCUGCAGCCAUCAAAUCAACCCUUUUAUAUGUAUUUUGUUUCAGAUUAUUACAAACUUUCAUCAAGAUUCCAAAAUUAACAUAAAAACGAAUUUGGAAAUACUUAUAAAUACUGCUUGAAGACGGCCAUAGCCACUGAACAUUUUAAACACCGACCCAGAAUUUCAUUUUUCCCAGACUUUUCUAAAAUUUCAUUUUUCGCUGACCAUUAUCAAGAUUUCCCCAACAAUUCACUGACCUUGAAAAAAAAUUGUCCUCGUCUUUUCAAGGUAAGUGGCAACCCUGUGAUCUGUAGAAAAAAAUGACCAAAGGGCGAUACGUGCCAGGAAUCAUUUGAUUUAAAGAAUCCGUUUUAUACCUAUAUGAUGUAUAUACUUGAAAUGAGGCUAGUCAGUUACCUAUAAAUCAGAUAAUGAGAAAAUGUUUCAUCAUGUAUAGAUAUAAAACUUUAAUGUUCUUAAUACCAUAAAGUGCCAAAAUGUGAUUAUCUUGGAAAUAUCUUGUAUUUUUGUAAUAAAAAAAAAAUAAUAAUGUUGUUG